AUGGACGAGAUUGUCGUAUGCCGAGCCCGAUACGACAGCUUCAAGUACGUCUGCAUCAGCGACAGAAGUUGUAACGGCAACGGUACUUGUCCCAAUCCAUGUCGAUCUGCGUGCGAGUGUCUCAAUGGAUACAGCGGCCAUGACUGCACCAAACCCCCAAUCUGCACUGCUAAAGGAAACGAGUGUGGUGACAAUGGCCACUGUGAUACAUCUUCCAAAGAAUAUUUUUGUCGCUGCAUCAACGAUUACACUGGACGAAAGUGCAAAUCAGCCCCUUUCUGCACCGUUGGGGGGAACGAUUGUGGGGCAAACGGGAAUUGCACACGUAAAGAUUCUGGUCGUGGGAAUUCAUGUGUCUGCAAAAACGAUUAUACUGGAGAAAGAUGCAACGAUGCCCCUUUCUGUACCAUUGGAGGUAGCGAGUGUGGUGUCAACGGAAACUGCACUAUCACUACUGCAUUACAUCAUGGACGUUCCCUAUAUUCAUGUGUCUGCAGAAACGGUUAUACUGGCGACAGAUGCAACAUUGCUCCGAUCUGCACGGCUGGAGGAAGUGAGUGUGGCGUCAAUGGAGACUGUGACACAUCGACAUAUUCCUGUGCCUGCAAGAACGGAUACACUGGUCAAAAGUGCACCACACCCCCUUUCUGCACUGUUGGGGGAAGUGGCUGUGGUGCCAACGGACAAUGCAUUGGAGGUCAUUACUGUAGCUGCAGAAACGGUUUUACAGGCGUGAGAUGCACCACUGCCCCUUUCUGUACUCUUGGGGGAAGCGGUUGUGGCGCCAACGGAAACUGCACACGAACUACUAGAUAUUAUGGACGUGCUACAUAUUCAUGUGUCUGCAGAAACGGUUAUACUGGAUCCAGAUGCAACAUUGCUCCGAUCUGCACGGCGGGAGGAAGUGAGUGUGGCGUCAAUGGAGUCUGUGACACAUCGACAUAUUCCUGUGCCUGCAAGAACGGAUACACUGGUCAAAAGUGCACCACACCCCCUUUCUGCAUUGUUGGGGGAAGCGACUGUGGCGUCAAUGGAAACUGCAAACGAACUGCUGGAUAUUAUGGACCUUCUACAUAUUCAUGUAUCUGCAGUAACGGUUAUACUGGAGACAGGUGCAACAUUGCUCCGAUCUGCACGGCUGGAGGAAGUGAGUGUGGUGUCAAUGGAGUCUGUGACACAUCGACAUAUUCCUGUUCCUGCAAGAACGGAUACACUGGUCAAAAGUGCACCACACCCCCUUUCUGCACUGUUGGGGGAAGUGGCUGUGGUGCCAACGGACAAUGCAUUGGAGGUCAUUACUGUAACUGCAGAAACGGUUUUACAGGCGUGAGAUGCAACACUGCCCCUUUCUGCACUGUUGGGGGAAGCGGAUGUGGCGCCAAUGGAAACUGCACAGAAACGUAUUCUUGUGUCUGCAGGAACGGCUUUACUGGCGACCGGUGCAACGUUGCCCCUUUCUGCACUGUUGGGGGAAGCGGCUGUGGCGCCAACGGAAACUGCACACAAACUGCUAGAUAUUAUGGACCUCCGACAUAUUCUUGUGUCUGCAGAAACGGUUUUACUGGAGACAGGUGCAACAUUGCCCCUUUCUGCACUGUUGGGGGAAGCGGCUGUGGCGCCAACGGAAACUGCACACAAACUGCUAGAUAUUAUGGACCUCCGACAUAUUCUUGUGUCUGCAGGAACGGUUUUACUGGAGACAGGUGCAACAUUGCCCCUAUCUGUACAUCCCGCGGAAGCGAGUGUGGUUUCAACGGAGAUUGUGACACAUCCAGAACACCCUAUGCCUGUCGCUGUCUCAACGGAUACACUGGCAAACUGUGUACAAAAGCCCCGAUAUGCACGGCCAAGGGAAAUGAGUGUGGCGACCAUGGAGACUGUGAUACGUCGAGAAGAGAAUACGUAUGUUCUUGUAAGAACGGAUACACUGGCCCAAGGUGUACCUCAGCUCCCUUCUGCGUGGCUGGAGGAAACACGUGUGGAGACAAUGGUUACUGUUACACGCAUUCCAGUGAACAAUACUGCGUCUGCAAGAACGGAUACACUGGGCCAAGGUGUACGAGAGCCCCCUUCUGCACUAUUGGAGGGACAGAUUGUGGCACCAACGGGGAAUGCGCCAGGGUACAAGGAGGAAAUUAUGUAUGCCUCUGCAUGAACGGCUACACAGGCGACAAAUGCACAAUUGCAACAAGCCGCGUGUGCACUAUUGGAGGGAGCGAAUGUGGCGUCAACGGAGUCUGCGAGGAAUGGAAAUGGGAAAAUUACUGUCUCUGCAAGAAUGGAUACACUGGGAAAACGUGUAACAUAGCCCCAAUUUGUGCGGCAUCAGGGGAUCAAUGUGGUGGAAAUGGAGAGUGUAACAUCUGUACCAACUACCACUUCUGUCAAUGUUCUCCUGGCUACAACGGGGACACCUGUUCCGCGGGACAGAGUCAUGAUUCAAGUACCGCUCCUGAUGUCAAGGUUGUUUCUAUGACGUUCCUGAUGAUCUCUGUGUUUGGAAGUCUGUUUUUAUGGUAGUUUCUGUCGCAUUCCAGAUGAUCUGUGUAUUUUGAAAUCUGCUGUUAAGGUAGUUUUUAUGACAUUCCUGAUGAUCUCUGUGUUUGGAAGUCUGUUUUUAUGGUAGUUUCUGUCGCAUUCCAGAUGAUCUGUGUAUUUUGAAAUCUGCUGUUAAGGUAGUUUUUAUGACAUGCCUGAUGAUCUCUAUGUUUGGAAAUCUGUUUUUAUGUUAGUUUCUAUCGCAUUCCAGAUGAUCUGUGUAUUUUGAAAUCUGCUGUUAAGGUAGUUUUUAUGACAUUCCUGAUGAUCUCUAUGUUUGGAAGUCUGUUUUUAUGGUAGUUUCUAUCACAUUCCAGAUGAUCUGUGUAUUUUGAAAUCUGCUGUUAAGGUAGUUUUUAUGACAUUCCUGAUGAUCUCUAUGUUUGGAAGUCUGUUUUUAUGGUAGUUUCUAUCACAUUCCAGAUGAUCUGUGUAUUUUGAAAUCUGCUGUUAAGGUAGUUUUUAUGACAUUCCUGAUGAUCUCUAUGUUUGGAAGUCUGUUUUUAUGGUAGUUUCUAUCACAUUCCAGAUGAUCUGUGUAUUUUGAAAUCUGCUGUUAAGGUAGUUUUUAUAACAUUCCUGAUGAUCUCUAUGUUUGGAAGUCUGUUUUUAUGGUAGUUUCUAUCACAUUCCAGAUGAUCUGUGUAUUUUGAAAUCUGCUGUUAAGGUAGUUUUUAUGACAUGCCUGAUGAUCUCUAUGUUUGGAAGUCUGUUUUUAUGGUAGUUUCUGUCGCAUUCCAGAUGAUCUGUGUAUUUUGAAAUCUGCUGUUAAGGUAGUUUUUAUGACAUUCCUGAUGAUCUCUAUGUUUGGAAGUCUGUUUUUAUGGUAGUUUCUAUCACAUUCCAGAUGAUCUGUGUAUUUUGAAAUCUGCUGUUAAGGUAGUUUUUAUGACAUGCCUGAUGAUCUCUGAGUUUGGAAGUCUGUUUUUAUGGUAGUUUCUAUCACAUUCCAGAUGAUCUGUGUAUUUUGAAAUCUGCUGUUAAGGUAGUUUUUAUGACAUGCCUGAUGAUCUCUGUGUUUGGAAGUCUGUUUUUAUGUUAGUUUCUAUCGCAUUCCAGAUGAUCUGUGUAUUUUGAAAUCUGCUGUUAAGGUAGUUUUUAUGACAUUCCUGAUGAUCUCUAUGUUUGGAAGUCUGUUGUAUUUAUGUUAGUUUCUAUCGCAUUCCAGAUGAUCUGUGUAUUUUGAAAUCUGCUAUUAAGGUAGUUUCUAUCACAUUCCUGGUGGCCAGUGUACUUGAAAGUCUUAUAUAUAUAGGUAGUUUCUGUGACACCCCUGGUGAUCUGUUGUUAGUAAGUCUUCUGUUAUAAUGUAGUUUCUAUGACAACCCUAGUGCUCUGUGUAUUUGGAAAUCUGCUGUUUAAAAGUAGUUUCUAUGACAACCCUUGUGAUCUCUGUACUUGGAAGUCUGCUGUAUAAAAGUAGUUUCUAUGACAACCCUAGUGCUCCGUGCAUUUGGAAAUCUGCUGCAUAAAAAUAGUUUCCCUGACAACCCUGGUGAUCUGGAGGUUUAGGUCUGCUGUUAUGAGGUAGUUUCUAUGACAACCCUUGUGGUCUGUUUAUUUGGAUAUCUGCUGUUAUGAGGUAGUUUCUCUGACAACCCUGGUGAUCUGUUUAUUUGGAUAUCUGCUGUUAUGAGGUAGUUUCUAUGACAACCCUUGUGGUCUGUUUAUUUGGAUAUCUGCUGUUAUGAGGUAGUUUCUAUGACAACCCUUGUGGUCUGUUUAUUUGGAUAUCUGCUGUUAUGAGGUAGUUUCUAUGACAACCCUUGUGGUCUGUUUAUUUGGAUAUCUGCUGUUAUGAGGUAGUUUCUAUGACAACCCUUGUGGUCUGUUUAUUUGGAUAUCUGCUGUUAUGAGGUAGUUUCUAUGACAACCCUUGUGGUCUGUUUAUUUGGAUAUCUGCUGUAAUUAGGUUGUUUCUAUGACAAACCUUGUGGUCUGUGUACUUGGAUAUAUGCUGUUAAAAAGGAAGUUUCCUUUAUAUUCCUGAUAAUGUGUGUGUUUGACACUCGGCUGUGAUAAAGGCAGUUCCCGUGACAACCCUGAUGAUAUUUGUAUUUGAAAAUCUUUUGCUAAGUAGUUUCUAUGACAUUCCUCAUGGUCUAUGUAUUUGAAAGUUUUUUACUAAGGUCGAUUCGGUAACAUCCACGAAUGCUGAACGUGUCUUUCUCAAUUCUUUCUCGCCCUUUCCAUUCCACCUCGGCAUGUGGAUAUGCUGACACGAGACAGUUAAUGAACUGAAAUAAAAGUGAUGGCAUAAGUA